AUGGCGGCCGUGGGGGUGAGGCGAUGGGAGGUGGUGAGGAAGGGGAAACGGGCCGGGGCCGGCGGAGGAGGCCCGCGACGAGCCCUGGGGGAGGCCAACCAAGCAAGGACCAUCGCCCUGGCCCCAGCUGGCAUCCGGCCCUCAAGCACCAUCUUUGAGUUGGGCUUUGAGAAGGUCGUGAAGCAGCGCAACAAGGAGCAAGUACCACCAGCUGCCCCCAUUGUAACCAAAAAAGCGAGCACCAAGAAGCAGCCCAAGAAGGCAGGAGCGGCAGCAAAUUCCAAGGAGACGGGCCCUAAGGAGAGCCGUUUUCGCAGCCUGGAGGAGGCCCUGAAGGCUCUGGAUGUGGCAGUCCUGCAGAAGGAGUUGGACAAGAGCCAGAGCAUGUUCCCGGGGAACCCGUCCGUGUGGGUGAAGGACCUGGCGGGCUAUCUCAACUACAAGCUCCAGGCUCCUCAGAGCGAACCCACGCUAAGUCAGCACACACAUGAUUAUCCAUUCCGGCUGGUGAACCGGGAGCUACGUGGAGUUAUACGGGGGCUGCUGGGAAAGGCGGCAGGUACCGUGGAGCUCUUCUUUGACCACUGCUUGUACACCAUGCUGCAGGAGCUGGACAGGUCACCAGGGGAAUCGCUCCACGGCUACCGCAUCUGUAUCCAGGCUGUGCUACAAGACAAGCCCAAAAUCGCCACUAUGAACCUGAGCAAGUACCUGGAACUCCUGAGGUCGCACCAGAACAGACCGGCGAAGUGUCUGACCAUCAUGUGGGCAUUGGGGCAGGCCGGCUUCGCUGACCUGACUGAGGGCCUGAAAGUGUGGCUAGGGAUCAUGAUGCCUGUGCUGGGGAUCAAGUCACUGUCUCCUUAUGCCAUCGCCUAUCUAGACCGCCUGCUCCAGAUGCAUCCAAACCUUACCAAGGGCUUUGGCGUGAUCGGCCCCAAGGACUUCUUUCCUCUGCUGGACUUUGCUUACAUGCCCAACAACUCUCUUUCCUCCAACCUACAGGAGCAGCUGCGUCAGCUAUACCCCCGGCUUAAAGUGCUUGCAUUUGGUUCAAAGCGUGAAACUACCCUGCACACCUAUUUUCCCUCCUUCCUGUCCAGAGCCACUCCCAACUGUCCCUCUGACAUGAAGAAGGAGCUCCUGAACAGCCUAACUGAGUGCCUGAGCCUGGAUCCGCUCAGCUUCAGCGUCUGGAGGCAGCUGUACACCAAACAUCUGUCCCAGUCCAGGCUGCUCUUGGAACAUGUGCAGACAUCAUGGGACCGUGUGCCUAAGAAGAUAAGGAAGUCUCUCCAAGAAACAGUCCAGUCCUUCAAAGUGACCAACGAGGAGCUGAUUGGGAAGGGCGGGAACAGUGCCCAGGAUGUGGCAGCCUGUAAUAGCGCUUGCAAGGGCAUGUUUCAGGAGGCACGGAGCCGUCGGCUCCCUUGGACUCAGCUGCUGCUAGUCCUGCUCGUGUUCAUCACUGGUUUCCUGUGCCAUGACCUCCGCUCACACAGCUCCUUCCAGGCUUCUGUCUCUGCCCGGGUGUUGCAGUCCUCUGGCCUCCUCCCUGCUGGCCAGCAGGCCUGGGCCAAGCUCCAUCACUUCGGUCUGCAAGGCUCGAGCUGGCUGGAGAAGACACUGCCCGUCUACGGCUCCCACCUGGUGACAGUGCUGGGCCCCAGCCUGCAGCUGGCCUGGGCCCAAACCAAUGCUACAGCCACCUAUAUCUCUGCCCACUGCGCCUCCCAGCUGGCCUGGGUGCGGGCCAACCUCCCUGGCCUCAUCCAGGGGUUGCAGACCCAACUCCCAGACUCACUGCUGUACCUCCUCCUACAACUAAAGGAGCUUCUACUGUUUCUGCAUCAGCACCUGCUGCUCCCGCUGUGGCACGGGCUGCUCAUUCUGCUGGCAUCAGCCCACAGACUCUGCCAGGAGACCUGCAAAGGUGACGUAACCUGGGACUGUGUGAUGAGACAGCUGAGUGGUGCUGUCCACUGGGCCUGGCUCUGCCUGCAAAACACCACCGUCGCCCUCAAGGAUUGGACGUUGGCCAUGAUGUCUCAGCAAUAGGAGCUGCCUCAGAGGCCACUGCUUCCUCUCUGCCAAGGGGCCCCGGCACCCCCUGUGGACUGCAGGGAGUGGGAUGGGCAUGCAUGGGAAUGUGUGUCUGCAUGGGUAUCUUUUCUGAUGGUUGGCUCUGGCCACAUCCUCCUGCCGCUCCUCCAAGCCAAGAACCCCCAUUGGAGCUGAUCCUGGGACCUUGUGCUAGGGUUGGCUGAGCCCCUGCACUCCCUCUGUGUAUGUCUCCCAUGGAGCUCGCUCCCUCCCUCCCUCCCUCUCGCCUUUGGUCCCGCUUCCCUCUCCGUGACUCUGAACUGCGCGGCUCAGGUCCGGUCGCCGCCACCACUCGCCACACCGUCCCAGACCUGGAGACUCCCGUCUCGGCCUCGCUUCUGUCCCAUGGAGCGAGCCGCUUUCCCCAUUUCCUUCGGGGCUGGGAAGAGCCGUGGGGUGGCCUUCGAUUUCCAUUCCCCAAAGCACGUUGAACCUCAGAAGCUGGCUGCUGACUCUGGAGGAAGAGAGGAGAGGAACGAUCCAAGAAAAAAGCAUUGUGGAACUCUCUAGGACCUGCCCUCCCAUUUCUCUCCCCUUAGAUCCAUAGACUGUUGUCAAAGUACCAUUGGGUGGGUUGUGGUAGAAUCAUGUAUCCAAGUGCCUAGCACCCACUCUAGCCGCUCCUUUCUUGUGACUAAAACCAAAUCCACUUGCUUCGUGCUUCCCUUUUCUUGCUGCUCAUCUUCCCCAGCUUCCUCGUGGCUGUAGCAGUGGAAGGGGUGAGGAGCAGGCUCAAGGAAAAGGCUGCUAUGGGCCUCGUGUAUUCCCCUUACCAUCUCCCCCUCCCUUCAUAUUCAUCCUUUCUCUCGCUCUCUCUUCCGUGUCUCACUUUCCCUGUGUCUAUUUCACACCUGCUCCCAUCCAGGACCCUGGGCUCUGCUUCAUCUGCGUUCCGCAGGCUAGGCUCUGGUUCCAUCUCUUCCUAAGCCUCCUGUUAAGGCAACAGGUUGUGUAUGAAUCUUUACCCCACCAUAUGGAUGUGAGGUGGAAUAAAGGUGAGAUAUUUGGUCUGUA